GGCCGAGUGUUCCCAUUAAUUUUAAUUUAUAUUGACGUUUGUUGACAGUAAAACCAAUUUGUAGUUUUUUUUAUAAUUUUAUACAAUCAGCAAUUUUCGUUCGAUACAAGAAUCGAGUUUGUUACGCCUCGAUCGACCAAUUAUACCAGUUCGUGUUUCAUUCAUUCAACCGCUCUAUACCAAAUCUAACGUAAUCGUGCGAACAAAAAUGGCAAAUAAAAGCCUUAUCUUCAAUGGACUAUUGUUUGCUUUAAUUCUCGUGAUUCACCUUGGAAGUGCCGACAAAGACAUUCCAAUAUCCAGACUUAGUCAGAAUGUUGGCGGUCCAACGAUGACCUUUUUGUAUUGUUACUCGUGCGGAUAUCGCAAGGCAUUUGACGAGUACACAAGCAUUCUGAAUGAGAAAUAUCCCGAAAUUCUUGUCAGCGGUGCCAAUUACGAUCCGCCCGGCAUGAAUCUGUAUUUGUCGAAAUCGAUUUUAUUCCUGAAAUUCGUGCUCAUCAUUGUGUUGAUGUCAUCGUUCGAUAUCUGGGGAUAUUUAGGACAUGCCAUUCCAGCGUGGUAUCGAUGGUGUAGCGAGAAUAAAUUGUACGCCUGUAUGAUGGUGUUUUUCGUGGGAAAUAUGUUGGAAGCACAGCUCAUAUCGUCUGGUGCAUUCGAAAUAUCAUUGAAUGAUGUUCCAAUUUGGUCAAAGCUGCAGACCGGCCGGAUUCCGGCACCUCAGGAAUUGUUCCAGAUCAUCGAUAGCCAUUUCCAGUUUUCGAACAAAGUUCCCGAUUUUGGACAAUAAAUUGCUGAACAAAAAAUGAGAUGCAAAGUCAUGUUGUGUAAGGCACGGAGGGUGCACGAAUGAAUUGAAUGUUUUUGCUUUGUACUGUAAAUAGAAGUGCUUUGGAAACACAGACCGUUGGG